AUGGUUGUAUCAUGUUCAGGGUAUGGGUGUACAAAUAGGCGACAGAAAGAAAACGGGAUACAUUUCCAUCGAUUUCCUCUAAAAAGACCAGAGGUUUCAAAAAAAUGGUUACAUGAAAAAAUGGUUACACGAAAAAAUUUUACACCCAACCAGUACAGCUAUUUAUGCAGUGAACAUUUCACACCUAGUUAUUAUUUAAAUGAAUCUCGUCCAGAGUUAGAUAAGAAGUUGCUUAAAGAUGAAGCAGUUCCAUCAGUCUUUAAAUUACCUCAGCAUUUACAAAAAAACAAAAAGCUAGUCGUCCACUACUUCAAAAUCAUCAAAAAGUUAGUCUAUUUUUAA